CGGAUGUAGCGUGGUUGUCAUCGUUGGUACUGCUCUCUUGAAACUCUCUUUCCAGCACAAAGCUUCAAUUCGUUAACACGUCUCGGAGCGCUAAAGCUCAAGAUGGGGCGACGUCCAGCGAGAUGCUAUCGUUAUUGUAAAAACAAGCCGUACCCGAAGUCGCGUUUCUGUCGCGGUGUACCGGACGCGAAGAUCCGUAUAUUCGAUCUUGGCCGCAAGAAGGCGCCGGUGGAAGAUUUUCCGCUCUGUGUCCAUCUCGUGUCCGACGAGUACGAACAGUUGAGCUCGGAGGCGCUCGAGGCAGGUCGUAUUUGUUGCAACAAGUACCUGGUAAAGUUCUGCGGCAAGGACCAGUUCCACAUUCGCAUGCGUCUGCACCCGUUCCAUGUGAUUCGCAUCAACAAAAUGUUGUCCUGUGCCGGAGCUGAUAGGCUCCAGACAGGAAUGCGUGGUGCUUUCGGUAAACCACAGGGUACGGUUGCGCGCGUUCAUAUUGGUCAGCCGAUCAUGUCGGUGCGAUCCAGCGAUCGGUUCAAGGCGCAGGUGAUCGAAGCACUGCGUCGUGCCAAGUUCAAGUUCCCCGGUCGCCAGAAGAUCUUCGUGUCAAAGAAAUGGGGCUUCACCAAGUACGAUCGCGAUGAGUACCAGAAGCAUAACGAUGAAGGUCGCCUCGUCGCAGACGGAUGUGGCGUGCAGUUCCGCAACGAUCACGGACCACUGGCCAAAUGGGAACAGCAUCAACGCGACCGAUUUGCCGCCUAAAACGGAUCAACGGAAAGGGUGAUAAUGAAAUGUUGGGUUGGGAAAAAGUGAAUGUAUUGAUGUCUGUUACCUUUCAAUGGACGCUCCGCGCGGCGAACACGAACAUCGCGAAGUAUGAAAAGUUUUCCUUAUUGUAAGCAACUACUGGAUACAAUAUACAUGCUUCGGAGCGGGAGAAAACAACAA